ACACAGGCCCAGACGCGUUGUAUUGUAGCUUACUGGAUAAAUCAAAAUGAAGUUUAAGUACUCUAAAUAAAUAAAUAUUUAAUUCGUCGGUUCAUUAAAUAACAAUAGGAUUAACAUUGACUUGGAUUCGCUUUAGUUGACAGUUGUGUCUCUAGAGAUUCAUUGGUCGAUUAGUUGUACAGAUCAGGUCAUUGACGACCAUGUACAGCCGUGUCGUGCAGUGUAUACGGGGAUGGAUUUAAUGGCGGUCCUUGUUUCUAGUAUAAUAGUCAGUCUUUUGGGAUUAGUAACAAGCAGACAUGAACCCGCGGAGAAAAAGCUUCACGAACACCUAUUGGGUAAGAAGUACAGCAAGCUGAUACGACCUACUGGAAACAACUCAGUCCAACUUACUGUCAAACUGGGCAUGCGUCUGUCACAGCUACUGGAUGUGGAUGAAAAAAAUCAGAUAAUGACCACCAGCGUUUGGCUGAGGCAGGAGUGGUUAGACCUAAGACUGAGGUGGGAUCCACAAUCUUACGGAGGGAUAUCCAUGACGCACAUUCCCUCGGACUCUCUGUGGCGUCCAGACAUUAUCAUCUACAACAAUGCUGACGGUGACUUCGUGGUAACUUUACAGACCAAGGCUACGGUGUACCAUACUGGGAAAAUCAUCUGGGAGCCUCCCGUUAUCUACAAGACAUAUUGUCCCAUUGACGUAGAGUACUUUCCAUUUGACAUGCAGGAGUGUUUCAUGAAAUUUGGGUCUUGGACGUAUGAUGGACAUGAGGUGGACCUUCAACAUCUCUGUGACUCUCAGGCCGUGUUCUAUGAAGAGACAAAAGAGAAAGUGAUAGACCGAGGUAUCGAUCUCAAGGACUUCUACCAGAAUGUAGAGUGGGACAUUAUCAAUGUCACAGCUCGCCGGAAAGAAAAGUUUUACCCCUGUUGUCCCGAGCCUUAUCCAGAUAUCACAUUUAAUAUCACACUUCGUCGGCGGACCUUGUUUUACUCCCUGAAUCUGAUCAUGCCUUGUUUAUCCAUUUCAUGCUUGACUGUGUUAGUGUUCUACCUGCCAUCAGACAGCGGGGAGAAGAUCACCCUCUCCAUCUCUAUACUUUUGGCUCUCACUGUGUUCUUUCUGCUUCUCUCAGACAUUAAUCCUCCAACUUCAUUUGUUAUACCACUUAUCGGGAAAUACCUGUUGUUUACAAUGAUAGUUGUGACAAUGUCAAUCUUUCUGGCAGUCUACACUUUAGGGAUACAUUUUCGAAAACCGUCAACCCAUAGUAUGAAUCCAUGGGUAAAGCGAGUUUUCACUGAAAUUCUUCCCCGAAUAUUGUUAAUGAAGAGACCAGACUUGGACAGAAAGCCAAAAGUAAAUACACGCACUCCUAAUGGAAUAGAACUCAAACAAGCAGCAGAAGAAAACAACUCCAACGACAGUUUGCUCAACUCCCCUGAUGGAUUGCGCUGCAGGCAUCACUCUGCUGGGUCAGAAGAAAUGAGGAGGUACCCUUUGGAAGUCAGGGAAGCCCUGUCUGGGGUAAAAUUUGUGGCUGACCAUCUGAGGAGCACAGAUGCGGAUAACACGGAAGAGAGGGACUGGAAGUAUGUUGCCAUGGUGAUGGAUAGACUAUUUUUAUACAUAUUCACUACAGCAUGUAUUUGUGGAACUCUUAGCAUUUUCCUGUAUGCCCCGUCUCUUUAUGAUCCAAGGGAACCUCUUAAAACAGAUGAAGUCACAGACUGUACAUACUGAAAAGUGUCAACAUCUGAAAUAGGUCAAGGUCACAGAUAGAUGAAGUCAAAGGGUGUCAAUGCUAAAAAGUGUCAACAUCAAAUAGGUCAAGGUCAUAGAUAGAUGAAGUCAAAGGGUGUCCAUACUUAAAAGUGUCAACAUCAAAUAGGUCAAGGUCACAGAUAGAUGAGUCAUAGAUUAUACACAUUGAAAAAUGUCAACAUAUUAAAUAGGACAAGGUCACAGAUUGUACAGUACAUAUUGAAAAAAGUCAACAUCUCAUA